AGUCCACCCAAGAACUUGAUGGCGAUACCGGUAACGCAGCGAGCCAAGGUCGCCGACCAUGCCACGCCGUCCGGGCGCCUCGUCCUGAGCAUCCUUGCACGCAGCCUCGUGCGCUGCCUCGGUGACGUGAAUGACGUCGAGCGCUUGCUUCGAGCGCUGCCGACGGACGUCGUCUCGGAUCCCGCCUUGACGAGCCUCCGCGCUCUUUUGGCCGAGGAGCCCUCGCGCGGUGCGGUAUGGCCCACGCUCGACGCGAGUCGCCUCUGUGCAAUGGCCGAUCCCGCUGCCUUUGAGCGGGUCGCCGUCUUGUUCAACCUCGUCCAGCAGACCGGCAUGAGAAUGCCUGCGCUCACCUUCCAAGCCGUGCCGGCCCUCUACGGUCUCGUCGUGAAAGCGCUCCCGCUUUUUAGCGCGAUCACCAUCGACGACCUCAUUCCGAUACCGCAAGUGUGGCGCCGCGUUGUCUUGCCAGCGCACACCAAGGUCACCGGCGGGUUCUACAGCGCCUCAAGCGUCGACGAAUUUGCCGCCUGGGCAGCCAACAUGAUCGAGCUCAACCUCGUCGACGCAGAUGGAUCGACGUGGCAAGGCAUCGCUCACCUUUUGCAAAGCUGCCCGAAGCUGUGUUCGAUCAGCUACGUGAGCAGGGCCGUCGUUGACAUGGCGCCGUUCGACGACGAUAUCACGGCGUUCUGCUCGGCCCUCGCGAAUUCCCGGCUGGAAACGCUACGUCUCACCAAGCUGAUUGCGACUCCACACGCAUUGAAAGCGCUGGCCCAUGCGCUUUUGCGAUCCAAAACGCUCGCCAACAUCACUAUCUACAUGAUGUCGGAGCUUUGGGACCAUCUUUUGAUGGAAGGUGGACCGCCGCUUCCGGUUCAGCUGACGUCCGUGGACGUCGCCUCCAUAUCGGCGGUCAACGUGAUGCGACUUGUGACUAAGCUGACGCGAACGCGCUUGCGUACGCUGCAAAUCCGUGAGGCCAUUGACGUCACGGACGCGGUCAUGACCCUCGAUUGUCUCCCGGAGCUCACGUCCCUGACGAUCCACCACGCCGUCCUAUUCAACUUCCCGCAGCUGACGCGAUUGCGUCAUCUGGAUGUAAUGUCGGCCACUGUCAACAGCGCGACGAUGACAGCGAUCGGGCAGCUCAUGGCCACGUCGUCGGCGCUCGAAACCGUCAAUGUCCAGAACUGUUUCUACUUGGAAGGCUCGUCGGAUGCGAUGCUUCGCGCGCUGCCCGACUUUUUUUGUCGCUCCGGGACGGCACUGACGUUGGACGUAACUGGUUCACAAAGUGCCGCGGCGCUUGCACAAGUGAUGACGCGCUCGCGUAAUACCGCCGAGGUGACGUUGCAUGUCUUCGAGGAACAGAUGCCACUGGACGCCAUUUACGGUCUCCUCGAUGCCUUGGCGCGCUGCACGCGGAUGACGCUCAUCGUGGAAGGCGACUCGGACGAGAGUGACUUGCUUGUGUUUCGUGCGGAGACAUUGGGUCUGCAGCCAGUACUCGACGUUGUGCCGCUGCGCGACGCCGAGACAGACCCGCUCUACCGCUUGCGCUGCAAGUCGCCAAUUGGCCGUGUUGAGGAGUGAUUUCCACAGAACAUACGGUAACCGUCACGUGGACAGGGCGUCUGCAGCUCUACUUGUCUCGUCAACACCGUCCAUUGUCGCUGUUGAGGUAGACCACUAGUGCAAGUACGAAACGCUUAACAAAUGGAAGCUGUCGACCUUUCUU